AUGAUGAUGCCAGGUCCUGUGGUGCCGUUGGCGGGCGGCGAUGCGUUCCAUUACCAGGGUCCUGGCGAUCAGAUGUCCAAGUGCGUGCUCCUUGGCGCAUACAUCUUCAUGAUUGUUGCCAACGCCGUUUCGGCCCUGAGCGGCGGCAGCGGUUCGACCAUCGGCGAUGUCUCGGACGCGUUUCCGACAUACAUAACGCCUGACGGCACGACCUUCGCUAUCUGGGGCGUGAUCUACUUGAUGUGGUUGGUGUUCGUCGUUGCUCAGUUCGGUAUUGGCGUCUGCCCAUGCUUCGAUGGCAGCUGGAUGUAUAUGGGCAACGGGAUUCGUUACCUAAUUUCGGUCGCUUUUGCCUUGAACGGUGUGUGGUUGCCACUGUACACCAUGAAGCUGUUCUGGGCCGCGCUCAUCGUCAUCGCUGCGUACCUCGUGGUGCUCGUUGUGUGUAUAGUGGCAGUGAAUGGGCGGACAGUCGUUCGACCAGGCUUUCCAUGCAGCGGCAUCAUCCAAUACGUGUGCUUCGCAGCGCCCAUCACUCUGAACGCCGCGUGGCUUGUGGUGGCAACUGCCGCGAACUUCUUCACGGUGUUCGGCCAGUUGGGUUGGAAGGAUGUGUACGGUGUUGCCGGCAGCCCGCAAGCGGCUAUGCUCGUCGUCCUUCUUGCCACGAGCUUGGCCAUAGCCGUGGCCAUCGGAGCCUAUGAUGCGGCGUGGCCGCUGGCCACCGCUUGGGCGCUGCUUGGCUUGUACAGGAUGCAUUCGCCGCCCGGAGAUGGAGAGCUCGGAUUCCCAGAUGAAGCGAUGAAUUCUAUGCUUGCGUCGUCUGCGCUGUGCGGCUCUAUCGUCAGUUUUCUUGCCGCUUGGGCUGGUGGGAUUCUCAUGGCUUUCGCCCUAAGCGGUUGCUGCUUUUUCGCAGGAAGCCAGCACUAUCCAGGACCUGGGUGUGAGAUCCCGACGGCCGCACCCUACAGUCAUCCGAUGGCGAGCUCCAUGUACCGGCCAGGGCCAAUUUUUUGA